UUGCGAAUACCAUACAGUUAGCAUCUUCUGCAGUUCAUUUCGGGGUGAAGACAAGGAUACAGUGCAAUUUACAUGGUGAAGCGUAAAAGUUUAAGUGCUGUGCCAAAGUUAUUCGGUUUUUUAUUUUAAACUAAUGAGACACAUCGCCCAACAAGUGGCGCUGUUGGUGUCACUCGCCACGGUGACCAGAAUCGUAGGCGUACCGCUUGCGAAUUCGAAAGAAACUAAUGGGCACCACGACGAUGGUAUGGCGACGACGGGAUUGAAUCAGCUGACUGCCGACGACGCGACCUAUGGAGACGGUAAACCGGCGGGAUCAUCCAAUCCGCAAAAGCGUGGAGCCAGCCUACCGCUGCUCUACCGGGAGGCGGAACUGCGAAACGACUACUCGGGCAACUCCAUCCCGCAGCACGGCGUCUGGGAGGACGUGGAUGGGCCGCUGGCGGUGCCCUAUCCCGUUGACCUGUUCGACGACGAACCCGGUGGCGGGCGACCCCAGCGCACGUACGACGUGCUACAAAGGCUGUUACUGCACCGGAACCAACCCCUCAAUGCAGGCCCGCUGUCCGGCGGUGGAGGAUUCCCUCUACGACCGCACGGUUAUGGCGACCGGAAGAAGCGAACACCGGGCCCGCUGAAAGCCCACUCCCACGGGCACAGGCCAAAACGCAAUUCGAAUAAACUGUCCCCGGCAGAAGUGUUCUCUCUGCUAGCAUUGAUGGAUUCCCGCGAUUCCUACCGUCCACUAUCGGCUAUACCGGACUACAUGGCCGAACCACCGAACGACGUUUUGGCCUACGGCCCAAACGGACUCUACCAGGACGUAUCGCUACCGUUGGCUCUCGAACAGUUGCUCGCCGAACGGGAUGAAAUGCCACCGUCGGACGGUUUCGCGUACGAGGAUGCCGGAGAAUGGAUGAACGGAUGGACAGAACCUUCAGUCGAUUAUCUGGGUCUACCGAUGGGCGACGUCGAAGCGCUUGGUCAACUUAAGGAUGGCUUCUUCAGCAAACCUAGCCCUAAAACUGGAUAUCUUCCGCAAAAGCGUUACAUGGUGUCGAAAAAGAAACGCAGCGCUGGUGCCGGUUGCAAGGCUGGCGAUCCGAGUUGCAGUUUCCAGGGGACUCGCUACGGAACUAUCCAGGCAGCGGCCUAAUGCAUCGAAUGUGGCGUGUGCAACGUGUUUGCUACGACCCAAAACGACUCACGAACGGCGAACAGCAGUAGUCAAGGACCACGAGUACCGGAAACAUCAACCCAAUGUACCAAGUGUUAAUUAUCAUUGUACUACCGUUACGUAUUGCUAGCUCGAUCGUAUUAAUCACAGCAUCCCAAAAAUUUUGAUGAGGCACAUCAGAUAGCGCUUGCGUUUCUUCGUACGUAUCUUUCGUUCAAACUGGGCGCGAUCCUGCCUUGCACGGCAAUGGCACGGCGCGCUGUUUGGGAAUGGCGAAAAAAGUUCAGUGUGAAAUUGAUUGUGACAACAUCCUCGCGUUCGGCGGGGGGGCUCAAACUAGCAUUUUACUCUCUACAUUUUUUCCUCUCGGGAAGCGAACACGACCACCUUUUGUCAGUACCACAACUAAUGGUGGUAAUAGAACUUCUUGUUAUCGUUCAUCGCUCGUUCAAUCUUUUUUAAACGAACACCAACUAACAAGCAGUUUUGGCUCUACUACAACCACCUUCUAAACGUUGAAUGGCUACCAUUGCAGAAGACAUCCAUGUAUUGCUCUAAUGGAUUCGUAUACUACUCGUAAUGUAUGAUGAAGAUGCAGAGAGAAGAAACACAAAAUACUAGAACAGACAUAGAUGUAUACAACAAUGCAUACCUUCGUAUAUUACUCGAGAUCAUCACUACUGUUUACCAGAAACAUAUAUCAAGACAUAAUGAACGUUAGACGUGUUUGUCGUAAAUGAAACUGCUCUUCUAUACAAUAACGGUUCCGCACAAACCGUGUACACAUGAUAACAUGACAAGAAACUGGCUCAGAGGUAAAUAAUUUUUUAGUCUAGUAAGGAUAAGUCUGCAAAGAAGUUAAUCACCAUUUAAACAAAAACAAGAGGCAAAAAGUAAAACACUCUCACGCAACUAUAGUAUUGAUAACCUUACAAUUAUAUAUUCGUAUAUACAUACAUAAUAUUGAAAUGUAGUAAAUGAAUUACCAUUGUCCUUACAUAUUGUAUGUGGUGAAUAAAGGAAUGAAUCAAAAAGCUACAUACAGAUGUAAACACUAGGUGCAAAUGGGAAAACCAUGGACACCAAUGAGAAUCAACAUCUGCACCAUUCCACUGAAGACGUACUAAAAACGUGUUAAAUCUAUUGCGUGCCACGACUCGCGCUGACGAAUAGAUGGAGUAUUCAGUAGACGAUCUCAAUUGGUACAAAAUUGUGGGUGGAAGCAAGAAUCAAUUAGAACGUAACCCAUCACAAACAGUGUUUCUGAGCGCAAGGAAUGGCCGAUUGGAGAUGAGUUAGGGUGUACAAAGGGAGAUGUCUACGGUUCCGGAUUCAAUGGCAGAUGGCAAACACAGGGAAAGGAGCGCAGAUCUUUGCUUAAUGUAAGAACCAACGGUAAGGAUGUGUUGAAGAAAUAAAACGACGGGAAGUUAUUAAGAAAUUGAAUGAAAUGCAAUGUAUCACAAAACGCGAAUGAAAAUGCAGCCGUUUUUUUGUGGAAAGUUUCUUAAAUAUUUUACCUUUGCAACAUCAUCAACG